AUGUCUCCCUUGCGGCUGCAGCAGAUUCACUGGAUCUUGUCCUUUGUGGCCCACGGGUUGCAGGAGGAGAAGGGAAUGUCUGACGGAGGAAUCUUUGAAUAUUCAGAUGGUCCUAAUGCGCAAGGAAUGAAUGCUGAGGAGCAAGCCUUCCGAUUCUCAGCUAACAUUAUCAAUAGGAACAGAACUUUGUUACCGAACACGACCUUAACAUACGAUAUCCAGAGGAUACAUUUUCAUGAUAGCUUUGAAGCCACUAAAAAAGCCUGCGACCAGCUUGCGCUUGGGGUUGUAGCAAUAUUUGGGCCUUCCCAGGGCUCUUGUACCAAUGCCGUCCAGUCCAUUUGCAAUGCACUGGAAGUGCCCCAUAUACAGCUGCGCUGGAAGCAUCAUCCUUUGGAUAACAAGGACACUUUCUAUGUUAACCUUUACCCGGACUAUGCCUCUCUCAGCCAUGCCAUUUUGGACCUUGUACAGUACCUGAAGUGGAGGUCAGCAACCGUGGUAUAUGACGACAGCACAGGUCUCAUUCGAUUGCAAGAGCUGAUCAUGGCCCCAUCACGAUACAACAUUCGCUUGAAAAUCCGCCAGCUGCCCCUGGACACGGACGACGUCCGGCCCUUGCUGAAGGAAAUGAAGAGGGGUCGGGAGUUCCGCAUCAUCUUUGACUGCACCCACACAAUGGCUGUGCUCAUCCUCAAACAGGCCAUGGCGAUGGGGAUGAUGACCGAAUACUACCACUACAUCUUCACCACACUGGACCUUUAUGCAUUAGAUCUGGACCAAUAUCGCUACUCUGGGGUGAAUCUGACUGGCUUCCGGAUCUUGAAUGUGGAGAACCCCCAUGUGUCUGCCAUCGCUGAAAAGUGGGCCACGGAAAGAUUGCAGGUGGCCCCCAAGCCGGAACCCGGGUUGAUUGCCGGCGUGAUGAUGACAGAUGCUGCCCUGUUGUAUGACGCAGUCCACAUUGUCUCUGUGUGCUAUCAAAGGGCCCCCCAGAUGACGGUCAACUCCCUCCAGUGCCAUCGGCAUAAAGCAUGGCGGUUUGGUGGGCGCUUCAUGAAUUUUAUCAAGGAGGCCCAGUGGGAAGGCUUAACAGGGCGCAUCGUCUUCAACAAGACCAGCGGGCUGCGGACAGAUUUUGACUUGGACAUUAUCAGUCUCAAAGAAGACGGGCUGGAAAAGGUUGGAGUGUGGAGCCCUUCUGAUGGACUGAAUAUCACUGAAACCUCCCGAAGGCAGGGGCCCAACGUUACGGAUUCCCUGACUAACAGAUCCCUGAUUGUCACUACAGUUCUGGAGGAACCCUUCAUCAUGUUCCGCAAGUCUGACACAGUCCUCUCUGGGAACGACCGCUUUGAAGGGUAUUGCAUUGACCUUCUUAAGGAGUUGUCCCACAUCCUUGGCUUUAUGUAUGACAUCCGGUUGGUGGAGGACGGGAAAUACGGAGCCCAGGAUGAGAAAGGGCAGUGGAAUGGCAUGAUCCGAGAGCUAAUAGAUCAUAAAGCUGACCUGGCCGUUGCACCGCUGACCAUCACUCACAUCCGGGAAAAAGCAAUAGACUUCUCCAAGCCCUUCAUGACUUUGGGGAUCAGCAUUCUCUACCGGAAGGCCAACGGGACCAAUCCCAGCGUCUUCUCUUUCCUCAACCCACUCUCCCCUGACAUAUGGAUGUACAUCCUCCUUGCAUAUCUGGGAGUCAGCUGUGUACUCUUUGUGAUUGCCAGGUUCAGCCCUUAUGAAUGGUACGAUGCCCACCCGUGCAACCCAGGUUCCGACGUAGUUGAGAAUAACUUCACCCUCCUCAACAGUUUCUGGUUUGGAAUGGGAGCGCUGAUGCAGCAAGGUUCUGAGCUGAUGCCAAAAGCACUCUCCACACGCAUCAUUGGGGGCAUCUGGUGGUUCUUCACCCUCAUCAUCAUCUCUUCCUACACGGCAAACCUGGCUGCCUUCUUGACUGUGGAGAGAAUGGAGUCCCCAAUCGACUCAGCCGAUGAUCUGGCCAAGCAAACCAAAAUUGAAUAUGGAGCAGUGAAGGAUGGGGCUACCAUGACCUUCUUCAAGAAAUCCAGGAUCUCUACUUUUGAAAAGAUGUGGGCAUUCAUGAGCAGCAAGCCUUCUGCUCUUGUGAAGAAUAACGAGGAAGGGAUCCAGCGCACCCUCACCUCUGACUACGCUCUGCUGAUGGAAUCCACCACCAUUGAAUACAUCACUCGAAGAAACUGCAACCUGACUCAGAUUGGGGGACUGAUUGACACCAAAGGCUAUGGGAUUGGCACACCCAUGGGUUCGCCGUACCGAGACAAGAUCACCAUAGCAAUCCUCCAGCUCCAGGAGGAAGCCAAGCUGCACACCAUGAAGGAGAAAUGGUGGCGGGGCAAUGGCUGCCCGGAGGAAGAGAGCAAAGAAGCCAGUGCCCUUGGGAUUCAGAACAUUGGUGGACUCUUUAUUGUCUUGGCAGCUGGGCUGGUCCUGUCUGUGUUUGUAGCCACAGUGGAGUUUAUCUAUAAGCUACGCAAGACAGCAGAGCGCGAGCAGCGCUCCUUCUGCAGUGCCAUGGCUGAUGAAAUCCGCCUGUCGCUUACCUGCCACCGGCGAGUGAAACACAAGGCACAGCCCCCUGUCCUGGUGAAGACGGAUGCAGUGAUCAACAUGCACACGUUCAAUGACCGGCGGCUACCCGGCAAAGACAACAUGACCUGCAACACGGGCCUGACACCCGUGUUCCCAUAA